GCAGGAAGACUCAGUGGGCCGAACAGGAAGUCGGCAAUGCACGUGUCGGCGUACGGGGAAGCCUUCUUCAGCUGCUCGGUUCCUGGUCGGUUAGAGCCAUGAGUCGUCCCGUAACUUGUGUUGCCUGGGUGUCCCAAGGUGUUACCAAGGAGACGCCCGACAAGGUACAACUUGACAAGGAAGAACUGAAGCGCUUGAUUACUGAAGCUAAAGACAGAUUGCAGACAGAAGAUGAUGGUGAUGAUGAUGAUGAUGGAGGUGGACAAGAAGAAACCUCAGGUGCCAUGGAUGUUGCUGAUGGUGAGGAAGCUAGCUCUGCUCCCAAAGAUGAAGACGAUGAUAAUCUAGAUAAUGUUGAAUUGGCAGAAUAUGACUUGGAUAACUAUGAUGAAGAAAAUGCAGGUACAGAGGGCAUUGGAGAGAUCUUUGCAGGGCUUGCAGUACAUGGAACUAAUGAAAAUGAUCCAUAUAUCACUAUUAAAGAUACUGACCAAUAUGAAAAAGAAGACUUUGUGAUCAAGUCAAAUGACAAUCUUGUGGUAUGUGGCAGAGUGGAUAAGGACCACUGCAGUCUAGAAGUUCAUGUUUAUAAUCAUGAAGAAGAUUCCUUUUAUGUCCAUCAUGAUCUUAUUUUAUCUGCAUACCCCUUAAGUGUGGAAUGGAUGGACUUUGAUCCUAAUCCCAAUGAUUCUGCAGGAAAUUAUAUUGCUGUUGGCACAAUGAAUCCUGUUAUUGAAAUUUGGGAUCUUGACAUAGUGGACUCUUUAGAGCCAAUCUUUUCACUAGGAAAUAAGAAGGCAAAAACAAAGAAAAAGAAACAAAAGAAGAAUUUAUCAAAAGAAGACCAUCAGGGGCAUACUGAUGCAGUGCUUGAUCUUUCGUGGAAUAAACAUCUCAGAUCUGUCUUGGCAAGUGCCUCAGCUGACCAUUCUGUAAUUCUUUGGGACAUGUCCAAGGGCAAAACAGCAGCAACUCUUUCUCUUCACACAGACAAGGUGCAAACUUUGCAAUUUCAUCCAUUUGAAACACAGACUCUCAUUUCUGGCUCUUAUGACAAAUCAGCCAUCCUAUAUGACUGCAGAAGUCCACAGGACAACCAUAGAAUCUGGAGAUUUAGUGGACAAGUUGAAAGAGUGACUUGGAAUCAUUUUUCACCUCACCACUUCUUAGCUAGCACAGAAGAUGGAUUUGUGUACUAUCUUGAUGCUCGUUCCCAUAAACCAGUCUUCACAAUGAAAGCUCAUGAUGAAGAAGUAUCUGGACUACACUUAAGUAGCCAAAUCAAAGGAUGUCUUGUAACAACAUCAUCUGAUAAAUGUGUGAAAAUUUGGGACAUCCUAGGAAACAAGCCAUCCUUAGUUUAUUCCAGAGAUAUGAAAAUGGGUGCUCUGUUUUGUGCAGCUUGCUGUCCAGAUCUACCAUUUGUCUAUGCGUUUGGAGGAGAAAGGCAGGGACUACAACUCUGGGACAUAAGUACAAUUUCCACAGUGAAUGAUGUUUUUGGAACUCGACAGAGGCUAACAGUUACCACAUCAGGUUCUGAAGGAAGUAAGUCUGCUAAUAGCAGUAGCAGCUAUGGGGAAGCUACAAUGGAAUCAUGAAAUAAGCAUAUUAUUUUUUUUAUGAAGAUAUAAGUAAACCACUUUUUUACCUGCUUUUAAGGUCAUGUUACUUUAAAAAUUUCUGACGUGUUAACCAGCUAGAAAUUGGAAUAUGUAAAACACAAAAACACUAGCAAUAAUAUAAUAAAUUAAUUUUCUGAACAUACUCAUUUG